AUGUCUGUACACCCGAAAAUGGACACUUUCGAGUGGGCCGAAGACUACGCAGCCCUUUGCUCUCAUUUAAACAUUUAUGUGAGUUUUGGGGCUCACGGAAAGGAGCUGCGGGCUGCAAAAGACUUAAAACCCGGCGAAGUCUUCUUAAUCGAGGCCCCCCUGGUGGCCUGGCCCAUUGCUGCUUCUGCUGCUUUCUCCAGCUUCACCCUCUGCGAGAACUGCCUCAAGAUAAAGCCCUACGAGGGCCCGGGGCCAGACCCCACGCAGCCCAAGAAGCAGCAGCAGCAGCAGCAGCAGCAGCAGCAGCAGCAGCAGCAGAAACAGGAGCAGGAGAGCGCGGGGGCUGCAGCAGCAGCAGCAGCAGCAGCAGCGAAGCAGCAAACUGCAGCGGGAGAAGCAGCAAAUGGAGCAGCAGAAGAAACUCUAGACGAAGAGCAGCAGCCCAUUUGCAUGCAUGAUGCUGAAGGCAAUCUUCUUUGGUUCUGCAGCCCCCGCUGCUACCAGCAGGCCUGGGGGCAGCCGCUGCGGCCAGCAGCAGCAGCAGCAGCAGCAGCAGCAGCAGAAGGAGCAGCAGCAGCAGCAGCAGCAGAUGGGGUGGGCGCGCCCGCAGAAGACUCGCCGGAGUCGGCGCUCCGCAAGCGGGACCCCCAGGGCUGCCUCAAGGCCCCUUCCCCUGGCAGCAGCAGCAGCAGCAGCAGCAGCAGCAGCAGCAGCAGCAGCAGCAGCAGAGGGCCGUGGGCGUAUGGCUGGCAGGAGAUUCUGUCCCCUGCUGCGCUGCGGACGCUGCGGGGCCUGGACCAGCAGCUGCGCCGCCCGCUGGAGGCAGCGCCCGCAGCAGCAGCAGCAGAAGCAGCAGCAGCAGGAGCAGCAGCAGCAGCAGCAGCAGCAGCAGCAGACGAGAACCCCAUAGGCCUGGAGGCCCUCGGGCGAGUGGUGGCCCGCAUAGCAGCAGCAGCAGCAACUUUGCGCAGCACGGGGUGGGCCCCGGAAGCAGCUUAUGCUGAGGCUUGCCGGCCUUUUUUGCGGUUUGCUGCUGCUGCUGCAGCAGAAGCAGCAGCAGCAUUUGACGUGGCAGGCGCUGCUGCAGUGCUGCAGCAAGUGAUGGGCGAGCCCGUUGCUGCUGCAGCAGGAGCAGCAGCAGCAGCAGCAGUCCUCGGAGAAGCAGCAGUGGCCCACCUCUUGGGGGCCCUCAUGAGGAAUGCGCAGCUGCUGCUGAUCUGGGGGGCCUCCUGCUGCGGCAGUUUGCUGCUGCUGCGUGCUGCAGGGCUUUUCGUGCUGCAGUCCUGCUGCAACCACAGCUGCAGCCCCAACUGCAGCACGGAAGCUGCUGCUGCUGCUGCUGCUGUUGCGCUCGCAGCAGCAAAACCUGUUGCUGCUGGAACUGAACUAACUCUCUCUUAUAUUCCUUUGGCUUUGCCCAGGCAGCAGCGCCAGGCCCUCCUCAGCAGCAGCUACGGCUUCCUUUGCUGCUGCCCCAGGUGCGAGGCCGAGGCCCAGCAGCAGCAGCAGCAGCAGCAGCAGCAGCAGGAGCAGCAGCAGCAGGAGCAGCAGCAGCAGCAGCAGGAGUAG